AUGACUCUUUAUCUAAGUUUGGUGUUCGCGCUGCUAGUUUUUGAGAUUGCCAAGUUGCAAUACGCCUUCAAGAUUUUAUUCAUAAUUCUCAAUCGAACAUAUGUCUUGAUCUUGGAUCUAUUGACGGCCGAAGAGAAAUUGGAAGAAAUAAAGAGACAGACGGCGACCCAAUCAAAAGAUUACAGAAAAUCAGCUGACAACGAAUCUCAAUUAAAAAAAGAAAUCGAGAAACUCUCUAAGCAAUUAGAAGAAGAAAAGAAAAAAUCACACGACUUCGACAUUCUGAAGAAACAAGCAGUUCAACAGUCGGACGAGUACAUGCGAUUGUCGGAGCGGUACAACGAGCUGGAGAAGGUGGUCGGGAAUCAUACUAAUGAAGAUAAAAAAUCCGUGUGA